AUGGCGGACACCCCUCCCUCGGCGCGGUACCCGCGGCGGCGAGCCCGCCCGGCCUCGGCACCAGCUCCUCUGGUACCGGCGCCCAAGCGCCGCCGGGCCGCCGAGCCGCCGGCCCCCCGGCGGAGCCCCUCGCCGGCGCCCAGCGCGGAUGCCAUGCUCUCGGGCGGGCCCGAAGUCCCGGAGCGCCGGGCCGGUCGCGCCGGGCCGGGCGCCCGGCGGCCUCCCGCCCGGGCCGCACCUCGCAGGGCCCCGCCGGAGGCCGGCCCAAGCCCCGGCGGCGGCGCCUCGUCGUCCGCGGCUCCCGCCCCCCGGGCAAGCGGGGGGGCCACUCGGCGGGCCCCGGCGCGGGCCCCCUCUCGCAGCCCCUCGCCCGAGCCGGGGCCCCUGUCGCCGGCCAGGACCCCUCGCCGGGCCCGAGGGCCGGCACCUCAGCGGGUGGUGCCGGCCCACCCGCCGCGCCUGCGGCUGCCGCGCAUCCGCGAUCUCGAGGAUGAGGAGCUCUUCGCCAUGUACAGCUCGUCGCUGGGGGCCGAGGCUGGGCCCGGGGCCGGGGCCACCGGCCCGUCAGCCGGCCCCGGGGCCACCGCCAGCGCCCCCGCCAGCGCCCCGCCCUUUCGGCGGUGGCGGCUGAUCACCUCGCUCGAUGGCCAGCGCCUGGAGGCCGAGCUGCAGGCCUGCCUGCGGGAGGCCUUCACCGAGCGGCCCGUGUCGGCGCCCCGGCGCGGGGCCGGCCCCACGGCCCAGGUCGAUCCGAUGGAGCUCACGUGCGACCAGUAUGCCUCGGUCUUUCGCGGCGACCCGGCCGCGGCCGCAGGUGCCCUGCUCAAUGUGCUUCUCGGCCUGGCCGGCCUGUCGGGCGUGCGCCUGGCCGAGGUCCUGGCCGCCGACCCGGGCGACGCCCUGCGCCAGAUCGAGCAGCUGGCCGACCAGCAGUCCGGCCGGGCCCUCGGCCUGGCGCCGGCCUACCCGGUCGGGCAGCGGACCUCCCGCGCCGGCCGCACGGCCCGCACCAACCUCCAGACCUUUUGGCGCCUGCUGCCGCGGUCCCUCGGGCCGGGGCUCCUGCUGAGCGAGCAAGUCGCCGGGGCGCUCCUGGCCUGGGUGGUCGAGUGCUCGGAGUCGCGCCUGCGCGGCCUGCGCCACACGGCCACCCUCUGCUGCCUGGCCUUCAUCACCGGCCUGGCCGAUUGCGUGCUCGAGCUGACCGCCCUCACACCCAAAAGCCACGACUUGCUGUCCCCCGAGCAGGAGCAUGCCCUGCUGGAGCUGGCCCUCGGCGACCGGGGCCCCGUCCGCGCGGCGGCCGGCCCCUUCGUGGCGGAGUACAUUGCCCGGCGGCAGCCCGGGUCGGGCGCGGCCCCGGCCGGGUCUGCCGCACCGCGCUCCCUGUCGACCGGGGCUCGCGCGCGCCAGCUGACCGUCGCCCUGGCCCGCGCGGCCACCGACCCGGACGCCCACGCGCGCGACCUCAAGCGCGCCUGCUGGCUGCUGGUGCUCCUCGGCCCCGAGGGGGUGGACGUGGCCCGCGCGGCGCGCCUGGUCGACUGUCUGUGGGCCGACCUGGUGGGGCUGCGCCAGCCGGGGCCCCUGGCCGGGGCCCUGGUCCGCCAGGGCCUGGCCGCCGGGGCGCCCGCCGGCUCCGCGCGGCGCCCCGGCAACAGCGUCGCGGCCCGGCUGCUGGCCGGCGCCCCGGCCACCGGGGCCGCCAGCCCGCUGCUCCGCCUGACGGAUCCCGAGCGCCGGGCCGGCCUGGCGGUGUUGCUGGCCUCCGCGCGCCGGUGCCUCGGUCUGGACCCGGCCGGGCCGGCGCCCUGGAGCCCGGUCGAGCCGCUGCAGCAGCGCCUGGCGCGCGCGCCCGACCGCCCGGCCACCCCCCCGCCUGACGCCCCGGCCGCGGGCAGCCCGGCCGCCGGGCGCCCCGACACCUGGGCCACCCCGGCCGGCCUGGCCGAAGCCCUGGCCCCGGCCUUCGGCGCGCUGAUCCGCCUCUUCGCCCCGGAGCCCGACACGCUGCCCUGGCUGCUGGACCUGGCCGGGUGCCUGGACCUGGUGGCGCUGGAUCGCGCGGCCGGCAGCGCCCCGGGCUCGGACGGGCCGGCCCCCUCGGAGGGCCCUGAGCCGGGGGCCGCCUCGCCCACCGAGCACCUGGCCCUGGCCUGCUACGAGCAGCUGGAGGUGUGCCCGGUGCCGGCCGGCCCGGGGCCCGGCCUCUUCCGGCCGCUGGCCCGGACCUUGCGGCAGAUCUUCGCCGGGGGGCUGGACCGCCUGGCCGCCGGGCCGGCCUUGCGCCGGCGCCACGCCGCCAGCCUGGCCGGCCUGCACCGGGCCCUGGCCGAGGCGCUUGCCUCCUCGGCCGAGGCCCCGGCCGACCCCGGGCACGAGGACGCCCUCGGCCGGCAGGCCCGACACCUGGAGGCCCUGCUGGCCGUGGACCUGCCCUCGGAGUACCGGGCCCCCUAUGGGCUGCUCCACCGCGCGGCCAGCCCCCUGUGCGAGGUGGUCCGCCCGCUGGCGGCCGGCACCCUGCUGGAGGACCUGCUGGACCGGGCCCUGGACCUGACGCGUGCCCUGCAUGGGAUCCAUGUCCGCCGGGUGGCCACCGGCAGCGGGGCCCCCGGCCCGGCGGGGGGGGCCCUGAUGGCCGGCCUCGGGGCCCUGUGCAUGCUGCUGCUACUGGCCGCCGCGGCCGAGGCCGACGAGCCCACCGGCACCGUGGCCCGGACCUUUUCCCGGUGGACCGAGCUGGCCGAGAUCCUCCUCGAGGAGGGCGCCUCGGCCCAUGUGCAGGGUGCCACCUUCGGGUCCCUGUGCGAUUUGCUCUGCGUCUUUGAGAGUCUGCCCCCCGGCGGCCAGCUGCCCACCAUGCCGGACGACAUGCUGGCCUCCUUCGGCCAAUGGAUAGCCGCCUACCUGGUGGACCCGAGCGUGCCUGUGCCCGAUCGCGAGACCGCCCUGGCGGCCUUCUGCCGACUGUGUCUCCUCCGGCGCCCGGCCGACCGGACGCGCCUGCUGACCGUGGCCCUGCUGUCCUCGCUGCCCAUGCCGGAGACAUGUUCGCUGCUGCUGUGCGAUGCCUUCGGCUACGCGGCCCCGGCCAUCGCCUCCAGCCCGGCCUUCCUUCACAUUGCCUUUCCGCUGUUGGUCAAGUCCCUCGCCUCGUAUAUGGAUGGCCACCAGCGGACCCUGACCUACAUGCGCGGCGUGUGCUCCCUGGUCCGGCACCUCCACCGGCUGGCCGCCGACCGGGUGGAGUUCGCCGAUGACCCGCCGGGCCAGCUGCCCGCCGACCCGCCGGACGACCUGCCCUCGGCGGUGCCGCUGUUCGAGCACCUCACCGCGUGGAUCUGCCGCGCGGCUCUGGACGCCGCGCUGCAUGGCGACGCCGACCGGCUGACGCGCGCCCUCGGCACCUUCCGCAUCCUGGAGCACCUGACCCCGAUGCUGGACCCGACCGAAGCCAAUGCCCUGCUCGAGCAAACCGAUCGCAUCGUCAUCGAGUCCGCCGUCACCGCAGCCCACCCGGAAACCGGCGCCCCGGAGACCGUCACCCUGGACCCCUCUCCGGAUGACCCGCGCUGGGUGGACUACGGAGCCUUCCUGCGCGGCCUGGCCGGUCGCGCCGGCGCACACUUCCAAACCGCUUGACCGGCCUGACCCGCGCGUGCCCCGGGAUGGGGCGGCCGAGAAAAAAAAGAAGAAAAAUACACCA